UCGGGAGAGACGACGUUCGGGCUCUUUGUGGAAGUCUACGUGUGUUACAGUAUUGACAAAAUCAGUAUGGCUAGCAAAGCCACGUUUUUAGUGCGAUCAGCUCCACGCCCCAACGACAACACCAACACAAGAAGAGCACAGAAAAACACCGUGUUCACUACUCACUCCGGGAACUCUUCUGGAAACCAUAAACCGCAGCGGCAGUUUGUGGCAGUGACCCCACACCUCAGAACAAGGGUCACUCAACAAGAGGCAGAUGCAGAGUCACUGUUCAUGACCGUAGUUGCCACUCAACAAGAGGCCGACCCAGUGACCUUGACCGUAGUUGCCACUCAACAAGAGGCCGACCCAGUGACCUUGACCGUAGUUGCCACUCAACAAGAGGCCGACCCAGUGACCUUGACCGUAGUUGCCACUCAACAUGAGACAGAGACACACCCACUGCCCCUGGCCAUAGUUGCCAUUUUCUGUUUCUUUCCCCUGGGUAUUGCGGCCAUGAUAAAAGCUGUGAAGUCCCGGGAUGCCCAGCUCCGCAAAGACCAAGAGGCAGCACAGACCCUCGCGGAAGACUCCCGCCGCUUCUCCCGCAUGUCUUUUAAGCUUGGGUUCUUCAUUGUGUGUACCAUGAGUGUUGUUGUUCCCUUUGCUAUUGUCUUCUAUAUUGCUACGGGUACUAAUUAAUGUUGUCACUUCAUACAGACCUGAGGAAAGAUAACCAACUCUUCCCUGACCCGCCCGCCCACCCACCUACAAACCAACAUAU